GGGCGGCCGGGCGGCGGCGCCGCAGUGACUCGCUGGGCCAGGCUGUAGCAGCGGCGGCUUCCGAGGCUUCGGAGGCGCAGACUGGCUGACAGGCGGGCUGAGGAGCCUCCAGCGGGCUCCCUGCAGGGCCCUUUACUCCUCGGGCGGCUGCAGGCGGCUGCGGCGGGCACUCCCGGGAUCGGCAGCCACCGCGGACAGGUUAGCGUGGGGGCAGGGGCAGGCGCGGGAACAGCCCUUCGCUGACCAGCGAACCCGAACCGGCCCAUCUCUCACCAUGUCCGACGAGGCGUCGGCUACCACUUCCUACGAGAAGUUUCUAACCCCAGAGGAUCCCUUCCCAUUCCUGGGAGCCCCUCGCGGGGCGGGCACCUGCCCGAGCGAGGAACCAGGCUGCCUGGACAUCAGCGACUUCGGCUGCCAGCUCUCUUCCUGCCAUCGCACCGAUCCGCUCCACCGCUUCCACACCAACAGGUGGAACCUUACUUCUUGUGGAACAAGUGUUGCCAGCUCAGAAUGUAGCGAGGAACUGUUUUCUUCAGUUUCUGUCGGAGAUCAAGAUGAUUGCUAUUCUCUGUUAGAUGAUCAAGACUUCACUUCUUUUGAUUUAUUCCCUGAAGGAAGUGUUUGCAGUGAUGUCUCCUCUUCGAUUAGCACUUACUGGGAUUGGUCAGAUAGUGAGUUUGAGUGGCAGUUACCAGGCAGUGACAUUGCCAGUGGGAGUGAUGUGCUUUCUGACAUCAUACCUAGUAUUCCAAGUUCACCUUGCCUGCUUCCUAAAAAGAAAAACAAGCACCGGAAUCUAGAUGAACUUCCUUGGAGUGCAAUGACGAAUGAUGAGCAGGUGGAAUAUAUUGAGUAUUUGAGUCGUAAAGUGAGUACUGAGAUGGGCCUUCGGGAGCAACUUGACAUUAUUAAAAUCAUUGAUCCUUCUGCUCAGAUCUCCCCUACAGACAGUGAGUUCAUUAUUGAACUUAACUGUCUGACUGAUGAAAAACUGAAACAGGUCAGAAACUAUAUCAAGGAGCAUAGCCCCCGCCAGCGGCCUGCAAGAGAGGCCUGGAAAAGAAGCAACUUUAGUUGUGCAAGCACCAGUGGAGUGAGCGGUGCCAGUGCCAGCGCCAGCAGCAGCAGUGCCAGCAUGGUCAGUUCUGCAAGCAGCAGUGGGUCCAGUGUUGGAAACUCUGCUUCAAACUCCAGUGCCAACAUGAGUCGAGCACACAGUGACAGCAACCUGUCUGCAAGUGCAGCAGAGCGGAUUCGGGAUUCAAAAAAGCGAUCCAAGCAACGGAAGUUACAGCAGAAGGCUUUCCGCAAGAGGCAGCUGAAGGAGCAGAGGCAGGCCCGGAAGGAGAGGCUCAGUGGGCUCUUCCUUAAUGAAGAAGUACUGUCCUUGAAAGUGACUGAGGAAGACCAUGAAGCAGAUGUCGAUGUUUUGAUGUAAUAAGAGUGAAUUUAUCAGCAUUCAUUCUAAGCAUUAUUCUGUCCUUAUUGGUUUACAUGCAUCUUGACCAAAAUUUUGGUUAGGGUUGUGCUGAUGAUGUACCAUUAAAAAUUUAGGCCAGUGGUUCUCAGAGGGUGUUCCCAGGACCUGCAGCUUCAGCAUCAUCCGAAAAGAUCUUAGGAAUGAAUUCUAUUGGGUCCCAUUCCAGACCCUGUGAAUCAGAAACUACUGGCAGGUGGGGGUGCAGCACUGUGUUUUAACCAAUGUCAGGUUUUUCUCAUGCACAUUCUGAUUUAAGAACCAUUGGUUUAAGUAAAUGUAACUAUUUAGACUUUUUGAUGGUUAAAUGGACUUUUGAAAAACUAGACUUUUAUUUCAAAGUGCUAAUGAUAAGUAGUUUGUUGUGUCAGCGUAUGUGAGAGUUCACAAUUCAGUUCCUUUCUUAAUGAUAAGAUUUCUUAGUUUACUUUUUCCAGAGGGUCAUAGCAUAAUUCUCAGUUCCUUGGGGCAAAUCUUUGAGGUUAGGGUGCACACAUGGUAUGCAUAGCUGUUUACAAUAGUGCCUUCAUUAAGUGUGGUUCUGUUUUCAUUCAUUAUUAAUGCAAAGGUAAUAAAUAACAGACCCUAAUUUUUUCCCAAUUAGAUGUGCUUUUAGUAUUUUCCUUUUGUCAAGUGAGAAUCAGUUAUGUAAUUGACUACUGAGGAAAUAAUGCUACAGUAGUGAAAUUUUAGACUUAAUGCUGUGUUGAUUAAUAUUGAUGAAGAAUACAAUUAGGAAAAGCUUACCAAUAGUACUUUCCCAUUGCUUUAUGAAAUUUUAGGCUGCAAAAUUAUCUCAAAACCAAAAAACUUAUCUGUUUCUCUCAAGGUUUUUUUUUUUUGCAGGAAAUUUUUAUCCAGCACAGCUCUAAUUUUAAAAUAUUUGGUAUAAUAGUUUCAGGCAUGUGAACAUGUUAGUAUUAAAAGUUAACUGAUAAAACCCUUUAGAGUUCCAAACUUUUCUAGGAACUACUUUAAGUAUACAAAGAUACAAAGCAUUGAGGCAUAGAAGGCACUUUAGUUUCUUGGUUCCUAAUAGGACUCUAAUUUUAAAUGUGAAAUCCUGGAGUUUCUUUAAUGUUCAUAUAGAAUUCAUUAUCAUGAAUUUGGAAUAGUGAGAUUCCUUUUCUUCUGCUACAUGUUUGAGCAUUCACAUGGGUUACAGAAGACAGAAACUGAUACUGCUGACAAUCAAGUUGCUUUCUGACAUUCAUAAUUUUCAUUUUAUUGUAGAAAACACUUAGAAGAAGGUAAUCUGAUUAUGUAGAAAGUUAUGAGCAAUAUUUUAUAAACUCUGUAGAGUUCAGCAGUUAAUAGGAUUUCAACUUUUGUUAGAAUUACUUCAUCAAAAAGAUUAGCAACUUAAAUUCUUAAUUCCCAGUUGAUAUAAAGGCUUAAACUUUGCUAAAUUGAAAAUAAAGAUUUAAUCUGGGUUUGUUGGCAUAUAUUGGUAAUGCUAACUAGCACUCAGGAGACUGAGUUCAAGACCAGCCUGGACUACAUAAUGAUACCCUGUCUCAAAGAAACAAAUAAUUAAAAUUUUGUUUGCAUUAAAAAUGUUUUAUUUUGUUUCUUUGAAGGUUAAAGAAUUGUAACCAAGGGUAAAAAUUUGUAUACUGCCGCUUUGCUGAGAUCUGUGGUCUGAUUAUAACUUUUUGAAGGCUACAAAAAUCAGAAUGUAAAAUUCUACCAAAAUAAAAGCAUGAGUUUGCGUGUGCCAUCCAUUAAAGUAGUCUCUCUGACUUUCCUCCUACCUCCUCUUUGGUACUCCUGCCUAGCUUAUAGGGCUUAAAGAGAUCUUGGGGCUAGACUCGAGAAUACUUGGUGGAAGGUGCAGAGGGUCAUCCUUUGUGUUUUCCUUUUCAAGUACAGAAAUAGAGAAAAGAUAGACACAAGUACAUUUGAAUUCUCUGCUUUUCUUUAGCAAAAGCAAAAUCCCACAGAGGAAGUAUCUGCUUUCUUUUCCUAUUUUUCAAGGAAAAUAGGCCACAUUGAGAUAUAGAGCAGCAUUUGUCUGUCCUACACUUAGUAACUAUUUGUUCAUGACUAGUAAAAGAAAACCCUAAACCAGGCCAUGAUAUGACUUAAAACCUCUACCCUGCCCCCAGCAGUCAUGUACUCGCAUUACCUUAGAUUUAACUUCAAUCGUUAUUGAACAAGUUUACCAAAGUAUAACAGGCAGAUUGUUCACGUCUGUAAAGGUUUGAGUAUUUAUAGAAAUGUGUCAUGAAAUUUUGUGCAAGUUCAGAGUCACUAUAAUAGUAUAUAUUAGAGCUAGCAGGGAAAGUCACUUUGAAGGAGAGUGAAGAUACUUCUUUCAUUUAAAAGAAAAACUUUAAUCUACCUGAACUUGUUUAUGAUCUAAGAGAGAAAUUAAAGUCUUUCUCUAUGCUUCCAAAACAGAAACUCAUGCAAAAAAGACAAUUGCUUAUGUGCUGUACUUUUUAAAAAUCUGUUUUAAAGUUUCAUAUAGAUACUUCAAGUUGUAAUUAUUAGUUGCACAAAAUAAGUAAUAACUUAUUAAAUCUGGCAUCUCUAUGAGUUAUAUUUAAAACAAAUUCUGGUCAUUUUUUCUUUUUAAAUGUAAAACCUACAUAAUCAGUUAAUUAAAAGAAAUCUGGGAAUUAAAGUCAAAACUGUUGAGAUUCCAUCUUAUUCCAGUCAGAAUGACGAUCAUCAAGAAAACAAAAACAAACCAGUUGAAAGAAUGGGCAGGGAUCCCUAUGUAUACUGCUGAUGCUAAUAUGAACUGGAAUAGCCACUGUGGAAAUCAGGAUAGAAGUUCUUCAAAAAACUAAAACUAGAACUACCAUAUGAUCCAAAUUUACCAUUCCUGGGUAUAUACCUAAAAAAAAAUGAAGAAUAUCUGUACUUAACAUACUUAUUAUACCACUAUUCA